GCGCCGCGGGCUGUGCCGCUCCGGGGCCGCGGAGCGCUGAGGGAGCGGUGCCGCCAUGGCGGCCCGGGCGCUGCAGGCGCUGCCCAGGCUGAGGGCACUCAACAGACUGCAAGUAAUAUUACAACAUUUGAAAAUGUCUAAGCAAACAGAUUCAACAGCAGAAGUGUUGUUGGAAAAGAAAGGAGGUGCAGGAAUAAUUACUUUGAAUAGACCCAAGGCUCUCAAUGCACUAAAUCUGUCCAUGAUCCAACAAAUUUAUCCUCAAAUAAAGACAUGGGAGAAAGAUCCUGAAACUUUUCUAAUAAUUAUAAAGGGAACUGGAGGAAAAGCUUUUUGUGCUGGGGGUGAUAUCCGAGCCCUCACAGAAGCAGGAAAAGUUGGAGAUAAACUGACACAAGAUUUCUUCAGAGGAGAAUAUAGGCUGAACAAUGCCGUUGGCACCUGCAAGAAACCAUAUGUGGCACUUAUCGAUGGCAUUACGAUGGGAGGGGGAGUUGGUGUCUCAGUCCAUGGACACUUUCGAGUUGCUACAGAAAAGACUGUGUUUGCCAUGCCAGAAACAGCAAUAGGCCUUUUCCCUGAUGUAGGUGGAGGGUAUUUCUUGCCAAGGCUCUCAGGAAAGGUUGGCUAUUACCUCGCACUAACAGGAUGCAGGCUGAAAGGAAGAGAUGUGCUGAAAGUUGGCAUCGCUACGCAUUUUGUAGAAUCUGAAAAGCUACCUGCCUUGGAGAAAGACCUGAUAGCACUGAAAUCUCCUUCAAAAGAAAAAAUCGCAGAUUUAUUGAACUCUUACCACAUGAAGUGCACAAUUGAUCAAGAAAAGGAGUUUGUACUUGAUGAACAUAUGGAGAAGAUUAAGAGCAUUUUUUCAGCAAAUAGUAUGGAAGAAAUUGUUAAAAAGUUAAAGCAAGAUGGUUCUCCUUUUGCCAUGAAGCAGCUAGAGACUAUUAAUAAGAUGUCACCUACAUCUUUAAAGCUGACUCUCAGACAGCUCAGAGAAGGAGCUUCCAUGAGCUUACAAGAGGUACUCCGGAUGGAAUACAGGCUGAGCCAAGCAUGCAUGAAGGGCCAUGACUUCUACGAAGGGGUUCGAGCAGUGCUGAUUGACAAAGACGAGUCCCCUAAAUGGAAGCCAGCUGCUCUAGAAGAAGUCAGCGAUGAAUUUGUGGACAACUGUUUUAAACCACUGGGAAAUGAUGAUCUCAAGCUGUAAAGAUCAAACCUACUGACAUCUUACCUAUCUGCUUGGUUCUGUGGUAUAAAAUUUAAUAGUAAUAUGAUCAGUUUGGACAAGACUUUUUUAGCUAGCCUGAGAUUCCCAAGGCUUUUUUUGUUUUUGCUUUUGUUUCUGGUUUUUUGUUUUGUUUUGUUUUUGCAGUCGGGAACAUUCUCUGUAAUGAGAAAAUAAUUGUAUCUCUGCUUAAUAAUGGGAAAAAUCACUUCCAGGCAAAUUCAUUUUUACUGCUUUACACAGUGAUUAACAUUUAAUUUUUUUUGCAUCAGCUCUUAGUUCAGGAGGAGCCCUUGGGGAAAAGAGCACAGUUAAGGGGUGACCUAAUCAGCAGAAAGUCAAGAGACCUUUUGUGUUCUUGGCUCUGCCACUGGUCUGGUAAAUUUGGAUUGUGCCGCAGGUUCUUCUGCGUACAAUGAAAAUAAAAUAUGGUUAAACCUUUAAUGCAGUCAGAGCUACAAAGGAAAAUGCAAGACAGAAUCCAUGGUGUUAAAUAUCCUUUUAAAUAAAAGCUCAGACUGAUACAGUAUUAGUCUGAGAACAAGAAAUUGUUUUAUUGA